CCAACGCCCAACGCUGCCCUCCUCCCACAGCCGCCACUGGCAUGGCCUUCUCUUCUACCCCCCCUACCACCACAUCCCCCGCAAAGUCCAGAUCACUCGCCAACACCUUUAUCGCGUACAGAAUGGCCAGCACGUCCGCAGCGAACUGGGUCGACGCCCAGGACGGCGGUGUCAUCAAAGUGAACAACCCAGCGACGGAGGGCGAGCUGGGCACUGUCCCCGAGAUGGGCCUCGCGGAGACGAAGCAGGCCAUCGACGCCGCUUCGCGCGCGUUCAAUCGUGGGGCAAGACAACCGCGAAGAGAACACGGAGGACUCGCUCGCAUCAUCACAUUGGAGAACGGAAAGCCACUUGCGGAGGCGAAGUGGUUCGGUAUGGUAGACUGCAUCUCGAUGCACGACGCCCCGCUAAACUGCUGUGCUCAUAGCUGAGGAGGCGAUCCGGACGUAUGGAGGUGCGGUAUGCGGCAGUUCGGCUACCUCCAUAAUUCUCGUGCGACGCAUCCUUCAGAGGUGGCACCGUCCCCAUUCCCGCACAUCCGCAACGUCGUCAUCAAACAACCCAUCGGUGUCGUGUCUAUCCUGACCCCAUGGAACUUCCCCUCCGCGAUGAUCACCCGCAAGCUCGGCGCCGCCCUCGCAGCAGGGUGCACCACAGUGAUCAAGCCGCCGCCCGAGGCCCCGUUCUCCGCGCUGGCUCUCACAGAG